AUGUCCAAUAAACCAGCCACAAAGGCCAUGGGCAAUCUGACCCUCGCCACGCCUACCACAAACCCUCCGAUGGCCACCGGCUCCAAGUCCAAGAAGAAGCCCGUCGCCGACUCGUGGGAGGAUGAAUCCUCUGACGAGGAGCCCAUGUCAGCGUCGGCGCUCCAGUCGCCUGCCAUUGUGUCCACGACGUCCGACAAGCAGGGCGUCAGUGCCCCGCCGCCCACUCCAAACUCGCCCGCAAACCCGCCCAACGCUCCAUGGCACGGGCAAGCUCCCGGUCUAUCCAAUAUGCUUCAUCCUCUCGGUGGCGGGUACGCCGAUUCUGCUGCGGCUGCCAGGCGGCCCGAGAAGACCGAUGCCGUGGCGAGGCGCAUGAUCGCCAGUGCUUUGGGUGUCAAGGCUCCCAAGGCCACAGAGGAGCAGAGGGCAUACGAUCGGGCUGUGCGAGAAGCGGAGAAGAAGAAGAAAGAGGAAGAGCGUGAAGCAGAGCGUAAGCGUGCGGAGGAGACGGCUCGUGCCAAACAGGCAGUCUGGGAAGACUAG